GAUUGGAUGUGCUGUUGAAAAUGCAAUGAGCCUAUUCGAUCAUAUCUAAUUCCCAUUCAUAUUACUGUGGACAACGCUACUGUCCAGCUGCCCUCUUGCAUGGCUCAGAUUUAUAUAUAUUUGGGACGUGAGUGAAGAUGGGAGGUGGGGGGAACCGAGCCAGAAUUUUCCUCCCAGCCUCCUCCAUCAUUUAUAAUCUUCUAGUUUUUAAUUGUUUUCCUGCUUCUUGUGAGAUGUUUAUCUGGGAGGACUUGCAGGCAACAGCACCGGCAUAAGACAUGGUAACUAGCAAUCGCAUGCUACUUUGGCAGAUGCAAUUUUUUAGAAUGGGCGGGGGGGGGGGAGAGAGAGAGAGAGAGACAUACUCACAAAAAUAUCCAAGUGAUGACAAAUACCUUGCCAUUAUAUCAGGUCGCAAUGCAUAAAUAAGCCCAUUGCUGGUGACUGUGAUUAUAUUCCUGUAGCCUUACCUCACAUUUUUCACAGUUAUGUUGCAAGACCAUUAGUUGGUUUCUCUCCCCCCCCCCCCGCACCCACCCCUUGGCUGCUAGUCUUUUCAUUUACUGACUUAACUCAACAGAAAUGGGGGUGGAGUGGGUCAGAAAAAAAGCAUGUCCCCCACAAAAGUGAAGAUACUUCUUCACAGUUCCUUCCCUGAAUUGUCUGGAUGCAGGCCCAUUGUGGUCUUAUUCUGCCUCCAGUUGGGCACCUUUGAAAAGUUUGUGUGUUAACUCUGUGAUGGUUUCUCUUGAUUUAACUAUAUGUAGUCACAGAUGCCUCUGUCUGAAGCUGGAGAGGGGCUCUGUAACUUUCCUGUCGUGCUUCAACUGGAUAUAAUCCCAUCUAAUCCCAUUUAUAUUCCUGCAGGUGAGAAGAUAUUUGAAAGGGAGGAGCUAGUCUCUCCCCCCCCCCCCAGGGACAUUGCUUUGGUCAUUGAUAUUUGGACAUUGAUGUUUCAGUCGCCAUUGUCCUUUGCCCCACCUGCCAGUCGUCGUUUUAAUUUUUCAGAUAUUCUAAGUGCUUGAGCAAAUGUUUUCAAAACAGAACUACGUUGUAGUUCUGCAAUCACAAACAGAGCACACGGGGGCACAGCAGAAGCUUUGGGGAUGGGAAGAGUGGGCACAACACAGAGUUUUCUCACGUCUGUUUAGUGCUGGGGGGGGGCAGGCGGCCUAUAUUUUUGCUUAUGAGGCAACAGCUACAGACAAGGAUAGGAUUGGAUUUAUAGAAGUUGUAGGUUUUUACAAGCAACCCUUUGAGGUAGGUCACAUAUUUCCAUAGGACGGGUUUCCCCAAACUUGGGUCUCCAGCUGAUUUUGGACUACAAUUCCCACCAUCCCUGACCACGGGUUCUGCUAACUAGGGAUGAUGGGAGUUGUAGCCCCAAGACAGCUGGAGACCCAGGUUUGGGAAACUCUGCUUUAGGGAAUUAAGGCCUUGAUCCUCACGAGACCAAAGUAACCGCAGGAGCCUACCUAAAUCUGCAUCUUGCCAUUGGACCCCUUGAUUCUAGCUUUGAAUUUCUCAGAGUAAUCCCAUUUUAUAUAAUGCAUCCAUUACCCUUGCAGAAAAAACUCAUCUUGCAAUAUGAUGGUAUAAGCUAAUACUGUAUUGCCAAAGUGUAGUUGGAAUAAUGAUAACUACUGUAUAAUAAUUGCUAGAAUUUCAGUUUUUCAAAAAUACUUGGGUGGGGUGGGGGGGAAAUCAAUCCAAAAUGUUUACAGACCGUGCAGGUGUUAGGUGUUCAGUUUUAAAUGACAUGCGCCAGCCUUUCUGUCAGGGUUUUGCUUUUUAUUGACACAAAAAUUCAAAUCUUUGAAUCUGUAUUAUGUCAUCACAAUUUGAGUAUGUAACGAAACACUGAACUAACUGUAUAUCCCUGGCACUUUGGUCUGUACCAAUAGAACAAAUUUUAACAGUGAACUAGAGCUAACCAGUUCUCGUUUAUGAUAGGGCUGCCAUAUUUCAAAAAGCGAAAAUCCGGACAGAAAAGUUGUUAAGAUUUUUUUUUUUUUUGCCAAAGUUUUGGAGCAAUUUCUGAUCGGAAUCAGCAAAAACAACACUGCCUACAUGGGCUGCCAUACAUCUGGAUUUUCCUGGACAUUUUGCUGAUUUCUGCCCGGGCACCACUUCCGGCUGCUGUAUUCCAGAUAUGUCCCGGAAAUUCUGGACUUAAUGGCGACCCUAUAACAGAUUGAAUCGGAGAUAUGUCAGUACAUCCCUAAUUCUUGUUUGAGUGAUUGGCUUGGGCUGAGUUAUCACCUCUUGGAGUUUUUUUUUACCUGCCAAGCCUAGCCACUUCUUAUUUUUGAAAUGUAUAAUUUUUAUUUAUUUUUAAACCACAGCCCCUUAAAUUUAACCGUUUUUAUGCUUUUAGAGAAAAACACAGCUACUUCUCUAUUAUUGCUUCAUUCUCAGAUGCAACAUCUUGUUCUUCUCAGAGGGAGGGAGGACCAUAUAGAUUUCAGCAAGGUGCAAUAUUUUUUGCAUAGGGAAAAAAGUAUAUUUUUACUGGCCUCCACCUUUGCCUCUGUUGGGUAGAGCACCCUUCCACAUGAAUUCCCACUGAAGCCAGCCUGAGGGCAUGUCAUAGAUUCAGUCCUUGAGUGGGUGAUUUAAUUCCAAGAAUUCUGAUCUGGCCCUUAGUAAGAAGUUAGGAUUUGGCUGUAUAACCCUUGCUAGCUUUGUUAAGAGGAAAUGUAUGAAACCCUUCUGUAGAACCAGCCCUCCAGAUCUACCCCUUCUGCUGACAAUCGUAUCAGUCCUUCAAGUCCUUUGGACCCAAUCUAAUAUAAAUAGAAUUUUCACCAUGCAAAUCGUAUUACCUAAACUGCCAAUGAAACUAAUGGGAUUUGGAGUGGGUGGAAGAAGAAAAAAAAUACUCUGCAAUGCAAUGCACAGUUUGGAAUAUAAAAUUAAAGGAAACGAACCACUACAGCAUGUGCUCAGUUGUUGUGAUUAGUGUUGUCAUCUGGCCCGUUUUUAAACCAGCCUGACCACUUUUUUUUUUUUAAAAAAAGCUUAGCUGCUGUGCUAAGCAGCGGGCCAUUAUAUGCUUGCAUACAUUUGCAUGAAUUAACGUAUGAAGGUGAACUGCUGGGCAGUUUUGGUUUCCCUGGAGAGAAGCAACAGACCAACUUGGGCCCUACGAGCAAUUCUGCAGUGCCAAGUGCCUUUUCAGAUCCCAUUUUUUCUCAGUGGGGUAAGAGGGCAAAGAAGCAAUGUUCUUCACAUGAGCCGAUCUCCAACGCAUCAGCAAGAGUUGCCCAUUCAAAAUGCAUUUAAACAUGGGGUGGGCGGAAGGGGGAGAACUACCUCCCACAUCCCCCAAGAUUCCAUUUCAGGGCCAGACUUAUUGUAGAAUUCCCACCACACACACAACAGGAAACCUCUUUGCCACAGAGGGCUAGCAGAAAGUAUUAGGGACACGGGAUGCAGUAGGAUGUGUUUUGAUACCGUAUUUGCUCGAGUGCAAUGCACACCUUUUUCGUCCAAAUUGGGGUGCACAUUAGAUUUGAUGCCGCAUUUACAUUCGCCAGCAAAUACUUUUUUGGUUUCAAGGUUUUGAAAAUUGAGAUUCAACCGCGCAUUAGAUUUGCGUAAGUACGGUAAUUGCUAGAUCCAAAAUGGCCAAACCUAUUUAUAUAAAACAUGGGUUUUAAGAGACAUAAAUAAGAGAGUAGCUCCAGGCUGCCAACCUGUGUGGCAUGCCUGGGCCUGAGGACAUUGAAGGCAGAUGGAUUUUGAACUUGAACUCUGGGAAAAGCAAGGCUAGUGAGCGAUCUUUUAGCUGUUAUAAGUGCUUAAAAAAAUGGUUGCUGUACAGGGCAUGAGAAAAAGGCCGGAGAGCCCAUUUGCAAGACUACAUUGUGUGACAAUAGACAGGGAGAACGAAUCCUUUACAGAAUCUGGCUGCAUGGCAAGCCAUUCAAUGAGUGCACCUCUACAGAGCCAGUUUGGUUUCUUCCUGCUGCCCUGCCCAUCUGACUGGGUUGUCCCAGCCACUGGGCAGCUUCCAACAUACAUAAAACAUAAUAAAACAUUAAAAUUUUCCCUGUACAGGGCUGCCUUCAGAUUUCUUCUUCUCCUAGGCUGGGGAGUUACAUAACACUAUACCCCCCAACAUUUCUCCCGGCGAAAAUUGGGACAUCGUAAGGAAAAGCAGGACAUUCCAGGAUAAAAUCAGAAACCAAGAAGAUUUCUGUAAAUCCAGGAUAGUCCCUGGAAAACAGGAAUCUUUGGAGAGUUGUGGGACACAAGCCAUUUCAUAUCCUACCAGUGGGAAAGCCAUAUCACAUUUAUGGUUGCCACUUGUAUGGUUGCCUGAAUCAAAAUAAAACUUGCAUCGUUUUACUGGGAAUGCUGCCUCUGAGUGGAUGGGCCAGGGUAGGAUUAUUGCUUGAAUCGUUUAUUAACCACUUUUACAUUUUGAUAACAAUUUUCCAUUUAGACCUACAGUGAAAGGAGAAUGAAUAAUUCUUUUCCAGUUUUUUUGUUUUUUUUUAAAGAACACUUCAGAAAAAGCGAACGGAGGAAAGAACAGGAGGUCACAAAAGAAACAACUGAAAUCUGUUGUUCAUGUGUAGGGUUUUGUGGAGCUGAUGAUUAUUCUUCCCAAAGAAAAUAAUGUCCUUUUUAUUUGCUUUUAACAUUUUGCCCUUGGCAUCUGUUCCAUCCAUUGUGGACUAACCUAGACUGUGUUCUGACAAUGGGUUAAAGUGAGCACUUAUUGAAAAGUGUUCUGUACUUAAUUACUUUUCCUUCUUCUGGAAGCUUUUCUCCCUUUUUUUUCAUAAUCACAUGUUAAUUGUGUAUUAGCAGGGCCUUCUUGAUUAGUUGAAAACAUAAUGAAACCUUUGUAAACAAGGGGGAGAGAGAGAGAGAGAAGUAGAUAUAAUAAAAAGGCAAACAUAAGAGGUGGGAAGGGAGAAUGGCUCUGAUGGGGAGCUUUCUAUCAGUAAUGUUGGGUCUUAGGGCAAAAUAAACUACAUGCUACAAGAAACACAACAUUGCCGCUGAAAGCAGAAGUCCUGUGUCGGGAUCAGCCCUGGAUAGCACCUAUUUAUUAUUUCAAUGUUUGUUUAAGAAGCUUAAACCUCUUUAAAUUAUCUAGGCAGCUUGCACCUAUUUUUUUAAGAGAGUUAAUAACUAUAUUAAAACAUCAUAAAAGAUCCAGGAAAUAAAAACAGCUAAUAGCAGCAGUUGAGACAGCGAGGAAGCAACCCCAAGUCCUAGCUGGGGAGCAGGAGAGCUGAAAGCAUCUGUAGAGUCACUAUUGCACCUGAAGCCCCAUCACUCGUGUCACCCAGGGCAGGGGGAAUUGCUAUCUCCCGUCCCCACAGAAUUUUUGUUGAGUCGGUUCUAGGUUGGCGCAGCAGAGAGGCCCAGGUCAGACCCCUCUCAAAAGAUGAUUGGCCUCGCCUGGCCCCAUUUUAGACAUUAACACCACUGGUGGUACCACCACUGGUGGUACAACAGCCUACAUUGUCCAUGGGCAUAACAGGGGCCAUUCUCCUGCAUAGCCAGACACAAAGUAGAAGCUCGAAGUCACUCCACCAGCACAGAACAGGGGAUAGGGCUGCUCUGUCAAAACGGAAGAAGAAACCUUAAGCAGCAGUUAGCAUGGCACCUAAAAUUCAUCAGGCUAGGUGCCAUGUAGAAAAUGGCAGGGCCAUUCAGGGUGAUGAUUUCAAGUCGCACACGGGUUACACAUUAUGCUGUGUUUUCCUCUCCCACCCUGUACCCGGGGUAGUAAAAAAAACGACCCUGAUGUCAUGGUCAUUCCCAUGGUGCAAAUGGAAAUGACUUGUUUUCUAGUGUGAUAGAUAGAUAGAUAGAUAGAUAGAUAGAUAGAUAGAUAUAACCAGCAGUGCAGAUUUUCCAGCAGCAUUAUAGUUGAUAUAGCAAGGUGGAAUAGAAUGGAGGGAGAUGUGAUCUAGCUGCCACCUUCUAAAGAGUUCAUUUUCUCCCUGACAUUCCCUCAGCUCUGUGAGGCACAUGGCAGUAGCUAGAGCCAGGGCCUUUUCUGUAGUGGCACCCAUUCUGUGGAAUUAAUUAUUUAAUUCAUAAAAUGUAUAUACUGCUUGAUUGUAGGGAAAAACCCCCUCAAAGCGGUUUACAAAAAAGGAUUUAAAAAAAUGUUUUAAAAUGUUUAACCAUUAUUUAGAACAUGCGGAAAGUUAAAGCCACAAUAAAAUAGACUAAAACAAAUUAAAACUCACACAGACUUUCCAAGUGAGCUACGUUUUUAUAAGAAUGCCUUUGGCUGAGUAUCUCUUUGUGUUCUGGUGGCUACUUGGCUGCUAUGAAAUUGUUUUUUUGGGGGGGUGGUAUGUGAUUUUUUUUCAACGUUAUGAUUUGGUUUGGAAUUACAGACACUCCGCUAUCUUAUUGUUGCUGUCAUUUUAAUUUGUGGAUACAUUUUGAAAAUUAGGUGAAAUGUUAGGGGUUUUUAUUUUCAGAAACGUGUUAAUUAAAUAAAGGAAAUUGUUAUCAUCUUGGAAAUGUUGCAGGCAAAUGACUGGCGCUCGUGAAUCUCACUGAAGGGGAAGAUGCACAGGGGACCCCUUUGGACAUUAUACCUGAAACAUCAAUUGGUAUCACUUGGAUAUUGACUGUCCUGGCUUCCUCGUAAUUGUCAAAACCUUGAAUGCACAUGUGCUGUUGGUAUGGGAGAUUGUAGGUGUCUUUAGACUUCCAGUAGUGAAAGUCUCCUUUACUUCAACUCAGUAUCUCAGUUCAUGAUUUAAAAUGCUCUCACCUACCCUCCCUUAACUUCACCUUCCAGAUAUAUUGUGACUAGAUGGCUCUCAACCAGCAGGGAGGUCUUUCUGCAAGGUUGCCCAAAAGUUGUAGGUGCUAUUUGUGAUUUAUGACCUUGGAGCCUGUCUAGUUUAACCUGCCUGUUCAGUGCAAUGCAGGGUGAAAUUUCAGCACCCCUGAGAGAUGGGGGCACCCACCCACUGUUUUGAACAUUUCCGGCGAAGAAAAUCCCACUGGCUCUCAAAGCCGUCUUUUCCACUGUCAAAUAGCUCUUCCCUUUUAGGGAAUUUCUCCUGAUGAAGAAGCGAAACCUGCUUCCUUGCUAUUUCCUCCCAUUGGUUGUAGUCCUGCCCCCAAGAACAACAGAGAACAGAAAUAAUUUUGGAAAUCAGAAAUCAGGACAGCUGAAAAAUCUUCCGUCACUACUCCUCUGUGAAAGUGUUACAAUCUGUAGACUGUAGUAUACUGCAAUUUAGCUUUUGUUUCCCAGAUACUUUGAGAUUCAUGGAUUUUCCUACAGAUGUUUAUAUUUCUGUACAUUUAACAAUGCUCCCCCCCCCCCCGACUUUUUCUGUUGAGUCUGAACAAGAUGCAUCUUUCAGUUGCUAUAUUUCAGCCAUGAGUAUUAUCCCACCAAUUUCAGUGAUACGUAUCAGAUCACAUUUACCUCCCUCCAUUAUUGCAUUUAACAAUAUUCAUAAACUGCCUACUUAAAACAAACAAACAAACCUCCAAACAUUUUAUGUAAGAUCAACAGACAUUAGAAACAAGUAGACCUAAUAAAAUCAACAGUUUAAGAACCGAUAUACAUAAUAAAUUGCUUCCUUUUAUACAAAAAGAAGCUUUAGCAGGUUUUGAAAACAGUAAAUUGAAGGUGUCUUGUUAAUAUUAAUUAAUAAGACUUAGCAUUCACCCUGUUUUUUAUUUAUUUUUUUAUUAUUAUUAUUAUUAUUAUUAUUAUUAUUAGUUUAUAUCCUGCCUUUCCCCCGGUAGGAACUCAAGGCAGCUUCACAGCUAAAACAUAGGGAAUAAAUCAUUAAAGAAAAACUAAACAUUAAUAGCAUUAAAACUCUCUCCCUCUCUCUCUCUCCACACACACACACACACACACACACACGUGUCACACCAAUCUCGAAGCAGGGUGGGAUUUCAGGGGUAACACCUGCUUUACCCAGAGUUCAUGCUUCGUUUCGGAAAUGUGCCACAGCGGAGUCCAUGGUGUAUUUAUGAUAUACGGUUAAAACUUAUAUACAACCUGAGCCUAUGAUGAAGGGGGUCUAAAUUCUCUAGGGAGGGACUUCCAGAGUCUGGGAGCAAGCCACCCUAGAAGCCCUCUGUUCGUUUCCCAUACUUCACGUGUUAGUAUAUUAGAAUAUUGUGAAAGGGACCCCUGAUCAGCUCAGGGUUCCUGAUGGUGAGGAAGGGUCCUAUAUGUCCUACAAGGGUCCUAUAUAGUCCUACACUAUAUGCAGACACUAUAUAUUUGCUCCUAGGGCCCUUCUCACUUGGCUGAAGGCUUCCAAGGGGUUGAGUCAUGGGUGAGUAUAGCCACCAGGCAUGACCUGCUUCCCACCCACAUUCAUGGAGUAUCAAGGUGCUUGUCGCGAGCAUCUCUAAAUGCUGAGAUUAAUCAUGGUGCCUUUGCUCUUAGCUUCCCUUUCUAACAUUACUCAUCUGCUCUGCCUUUCCUACUGGGUGGCAGCCAGUGAUGCAGAAUGACAUCGCAACUUGAAUAUGUAUUAUUAGAUGUUAAAGAAGGGGAAGCUUGGAGACAGCAGCAUUGGUUUCUCCUUUUAGUUUGAGCUUCUACAUGGUAAGAUAGAUGAUAGAUGAGAGAGAGAGACAAGGAAGACUUGCACUGUGCUUUUAUAUAUGCUGGAAGCCAGCCAGAUGGACAGGGUACAAAUUAAUAAUAAUAAUAAUAAUAAUAAUAAUAAUAAUAAUAAUAAUGCUAACUGGUACCUAGCAUCUUCAGUUCAAGUGACUCAGGAGAAUCAGAGUCUUUGAUGCACAUCCCUCUUCUCUCCUCAUUUAAAAGAAGAGGAAAAGUUAUUGUCUUAAGAGUUUUAUUUUUAAUUAACUAAAGAAAUAAAUUUUACAAUCCACGCUUCCGUUAAAUAUAUAUCCAGGCGACUUACAAAAAUAAAAUAAACAUCCAUGAAAAAUAAUUAAAAGUGCCAUUAAAGCACCACCAGGAUGCUGGCUGGUUAGAAAGGGAACAGAGCUCUGUGUGAUAAAGCAGGCCUCUCCCAGCUGUGCCUUUCUUCUGCUGCUGUAGAGAGACGAUGCUCAGAGAGAUUUCGUGCUCUUGCGUCUCUCUCCCUGUGUGUUAUUAGCAAACGGGCGGCUGGGACACUUAAAAAUGGGAGAGCUACUGUACGGAAGAGCAAUAUCCACUGUAAGCACUCCAAGGGAAGCCUGCCAAGGCAGCAUGUGAACAGCAGCCAAACAAAACACAGGCGCCUUUCCAGUGAAAACCAGCACACUUCUGCAAAUAGAGGAAAAAUUGACUUUCUGAUUUGGAGUGUUUCUACAACUCAGAAGCAGUGCUACAGGAAUUGUUCUAAAAAUAAUUUCAGGCAGUGCAUUCUUUGAGGGUUUGAGAUGCUUGCUGCUCUUUCAUCAUGCUUUCCUUGCAGUGAUUAACUACAGUAAUAACAAAGUAAAAUUUGCAGAGGUGUUUUUUUAAAUUAUUAUUUAUAAAAAGAAACUCUGUCUCUCCAGCUCCCGUGGUGGGGCAAUUUUAAAAUGCCUCUGUGAAAAAGUAAAAGGGGUGAGUCUCUCUCCCCUUUUCGCUGGAAGUGUAUUUGUGUCUGAAAUCUAUUUUGUAUGCAUGCUUGCAUAAUUCACAGUUAUUAUUUGUUGCUAUUAAUACGGUGCUUGCCAGUAUGCAUGACAAGGAACAGAGUUAGACAGGCAAAAAAUAAAUAAAUUGAUAGGUCCCUGCUCUCAAGGACAUUACAAUCAACAAAAGACAACGUAACAAAAAUGCAGUGUGGCGCAGUAAUAGUUAAAGUUUGUUUUUAUUUAGGAAUGAGUUUGGUUAAAGCUGGGAGUGAGAGUUAAGGGGUAACCCAAAAGCCAUGGAAUGUGGGGUUUUGAUCCUGCAUAUAUUGAAGACAGGUGUUUCAUACACUGAGACAGCAAUGGAAUAUAUUAAAAAGCAUUCCCCAUAUUUUGGUGUCUACCAUAUUUGGUAUCCCCAUAUUUUGGUAUCUACAACCAUACAUUUGAAGCAUGAACAUAAUCAUUCUUAAAUGUCCCUGGAACUGCCAAGCAGGGCUGGGAAAUAUCCUUAAGAGCCAGUCAGUGUUGCUAAUAUUUAGCUAGACUACCCAAUGAUCUGACUCAUUUUAAGGCACUUUCCUAUCUGGUUUGAGACCCAUUGAAACCUGUGGGGCUUCAGUCUUGCAGGACAACUGUGGGCAGGACGUCGACUUGGCUGUUUUUGCAUUCUACACUGUUCUUUCACCUCUGCCUGGGAAUCUUCCUUUGCAAGAGGCACGUUAACUAUAAGACGCAACUGUAGGCUUUCUGACUCUCAGAUCAUUUCCUUAAUGAUGGAGAAUGUCUGGGAUUCCACUCUUUUCCUCCCUAAUACCCAGAAUAAAUAAUAUGUGUUGUUGUUGUUUUUUUUUAAAUGCUCUUUUGCUAGUUUCAGCCACAAUUCACAUGAGGAAGGCUUAAUAAGAGGGGCUUAGGAGCGCUGUCCGUUUAUCUAAAAUGGAGGAAAAGAAAGAGGGACGCUGAGAGUAUUAUUUUUCCCCUCUGAAUAUAAUAGUGUGGUUGGAGAAGGCAGCGAAAUCCCCUGAAGCCUAAUUUCAACAGAUCUCUUUCUCUCUCUUUUUUCUGUAUUUCAGUCAGCAUGUUUACUGAGUUUAAAUAUAAGUAUUUAGCAGAAAGGCCUAGGGGAAGAACUAAAUGUUAUGGCGGCAGACCCGUCAAAGUUGCCUUAAAUGCCUGUGAAUUUUUUUUUGGGGGGGGGUGAGUGCAGAUUCAGGCAGGAAUGUGGGAAGAGGAUUCUCCCCUCUUCCUCAUUUCUUUGCUCCCCUCCACAGCUCCUGCCCCCAGGUGCUUUGCUUCUGCCACUGAGCUCAUUUCCUGUCUCACAGCAAAGAGCUGCUAGGUUAAGGGAGCACAGGGCCUUCUCUGUGGUAGCCCAAAUGCCCUUUGCAGGGAGAUUCAUAUGGCCUCCUUUAGGAAAACACUAAAGACUUUUUUUUACGUGUGGGGUUUUCAUUUUUAAAACUGCUUUACGUUGCUGUUUUAAUGUGGUUAAUUAUUUUUUGAAAGUUUGGUAUUUUAAUAUUGUAUUUUAUUGAUUUGUUGUAACCUGCCUUGGGAAAGUAUGCCCCAAAAGGUGGGCAAGAAAUAUAACAAUAAUAAUAAUCACCAUCACCAUUCUAAACAGAGGAAAAUAUUCAGUACUUUUCCCACACUUGCUGCUUUUCUGCUUGAAAUUGUCCCCACAGAUGAGGCGCCACAACUGAGAAGGCCCUGUAGUUAUUAAAAAUAAUAAAAUCUACAGGGGUCAAAUGUCAGCACAAUUUUACUUUAGUGUCGUGUAGAAUUUGUUCCUAAAGUACUCAAAUUGUCAAAAUUUUAAAACAGGGUAAAAAGGUAAAGGACCCCUGACAGUUAAGUCCAGCUGCAGAUGACUCUGGGGUUGCGGUGCUCAUAUCGCUUUACAGGCCAAGGGAGCUGGCAUUUGUCUGCAGACAGUUUUUACGGGUCAUGUGGCCAGCAUGACUAAGCCACUUCUGGCGCAACGGAACACCAAAGCAGCGCACGGAAAUGCAGUUUACCUUCCUGCUGCAGUGGUACCUAUUUAUCUACUUGCACUUUUUGAGGUGCUUUCGAACUGCUAGGUUGGCAGGAGCUGGGACCGAGCAACGGGAGCUCACCCCAUCGCUGGGAUUUGAACCUCCAACCUUCUGAUCGGCAAGCCUAAGAGGCUCAGUGGUUUAGACCACAGCGCCACUAGUUAACUUGCCAGAUUCAAUCCUCAACCAGAAGUUGCUUGUGUGAUCCAAAAUAACAAUUUGUAUUAGGUGCAAAUUUGGUACCCACCAGUUAGUUCCUUGUAAGCAUAGAGAGAAAACAUUUACUGUCCCUGGUGCUAUUAAAUAGGUAAGUUGGAGAAAGCUCUCAAGAGCUAAGAGCUGAGUACAAUGUUGGAUAAUUGGGGAGAAAUAACCGUGGCAUAAGUGGAUUUUGAAUCAACGCUUAAUUUAGAGAUUCUUUUUUGUUGAGACCGGGAAGUUCAAGUAAACUCAUUGAGUUUAAGGAGAUUAAAAAUAAAUAAAUUAAUACCCAGCUUUGGUAUUGUUCUCAAGAGGAGGGAGAGACAGAAUAGGUGGCGCAGUCCUAUACCUGCUUGCCUAGAAGUAAGCCUCAUUGAAUUCAGUGGGAUUUAUUCUUGAGUAGGCAUGUACAGGAUUGUGCUCAUUAAGUUCUUGUUACUGGGUGAAUCUUAGUUGGUAAAAGAGUAUGCAGAGCUCUCAGGUGCAACUUAAAGGCAUUCAGGCUUCCAUAUCAACUGAAGUUGAACUGAUAAACAAACGAAGCAUGAGAUUCUUAGUCUCAGGGUUAUGGGUUCAAGUCCCUGGGCAAAAGAUUGCUACAUUGCAGCGGGUUGGAGUAGAUGACCCUUUCAGCUCUACAAUUCUGUGAUUCCAAUGCUUCACCAAUUUGAACCUCUUUUAAAAAAAUAUUUUUAUUCGCUCCAGGGACAAGCCUCUUGUAAUCACCUUCCAUUGUGGGUCCAGCCACAUAGCCGCUGGGGGUGUGGUAGAUGCUUGAAAUUCCUGUGUUUGCCAACUCUGGCCUGUGGCUGACAGCUCAUGCAUCACUGCCACCGUGCUCAUAACCCAAGGCUGAAAAACAACAACAGACCAAGCCUUUCUAGUAAUUGGUGUGCCCCCCCCUUAAGUGAAUUGUGAUGAUCACAUGCCGAAUGCAUGGAAUCAAGAUGGAACAAGUUUCCAGUCCUCAGCAAUUUACACACCAUCCCAUUCCUAGUCGGUAAUGCACAGCAUGUCUGUAAAUUGGCACAAGCAAAAUAGAGACUUUGGUUUAGGUCUGUAACCGUGCAACUAUUUCUGUGUGCCCAAGGGAGCUGUGGGCUUGUGUUUCUCAAAAACAAAACAAAAAAUUGGCUCCUCCCUUCCACGUGACAAGUGGAUGUUGGAAACAAUGGGAUUUUCAGAAGCAGAUUGUGAAUUGAUAUGAUAUGAUGGCUGCUGUUCCAAGGUGGGAGGGGAGAGCCAAAUAUCGCAUUGUGAAUGUCCAGGACCCCUUACGGGUGUGCCUAAAACAAGCUGUUUGGAUCCCAACCGUUUUAAUUUAUUUAGACUUAUUUAUUUGAUAAGCGGCUUCUUUGGUCUUGAAUCUUAAGGAUUGCAAACCCAAUACGUCCACAUCAGAACAUUUAAUUUGUGUGACAUAUGCCAUGUCGAGUCACAGCAACCGAGCUCUGCAUCUUUAAACACUGACUCAUAUAACGGUGGAACCAGGUGAGGUCUGGCCCCAGGUGCUGGCUGUUGCAUGCAUUGCUGAGCAAUUCUGAGGUAUGAAUAUUAGGUUAGACUGAAGAAUAGAAAUACAAGGUGCAGGAAGGUGGGGGGCGGGGAGGAAUAGGAGAAAUGGGACUUUCCUUUUUUCGUUUGUGGGUUUGGGUGGAUUUUAAUGCCACAGAGCAGAUUUCGAGCGACUCGUUGGGACAUCUGAUGUAUCUGCAUCAAUGCAUUCCAUUCUGUGACCCAGAACUCCUUUGAUCUUCCAGGAGCCACCCAUACCCACAGAACUUGUGCUGAAUUCAUGCGUUGAUUAUGUGAUUAUUUAGCUCUAGGAAUGUGCUAGGCUCUGUAUAGAACACUGGAAGUCUGCAGCCCUGCAUGGCUGUACAGUGUCCUACGCUGUGUAGUGUACAUUUGUGUAGAUUUGUGUUUGGGUGGUGGUUUUUUUUUUUUAAAAAAAAGAAAACCUGCUUUACAGUCUUUAUUUACUUGACCUGCAUUGCAGAGGGUUGGACUAGAUGACCCUUGGGGUCCUCUACAAUUCUACGAUUCUAUGACCUUCAAAGUAACUCUUCAAGCUUGGCCGCUGGGGUCCAAGCCACUCAUUGCAAUGCACCUUUGUGGAAUUCUAGCUUAGUAGCUGCUUCUCUGUGGCAAAGCAUCACCUGAAAGGAAAAGGAACUCUGGUGUCUGUACACAAUUUUCCUCCUGCACAGGAAACAAGGUAAACACGCCUCUGCAAUCCUAACUCACUAUUCGGAAGCAAACCGUGAAGCAAGGGUUUUGUGGGUGUGCUGAGGGGGCAUGCAGUUCAGGGACUUCUUUCAGAGCAGGAACACCAUGGUAAUUGAUGGAAAUAACCCCUUGCUCUGGCAAGUGAAUGAGUAAAUAAUGAGCCAGUAAAUUUGACUGGGAUGGCUGGGGCAACCCAGCCAGAUGGGCUAGGUAUAUAUAAUAAAAUUACCAUUAUUACUAUUGUUUGUGACAGAGCAGCACAGAGGAAAUCGGAGAAUGAAGAAAUUAAUCAGGCAGAGGCUGGAUACUUCUUUUCUUUAAUAGAGUUCCUACUUCAGUCUAGGAAUCUAAAUACAAGAAGAUUGUUUGCAUUUCUGAUUAAAAGCUAAAUGUCACAUUUGUGCUGGCUGACUAUGUUUCAUUAAAGCACAGUGCGUUUUGCAAGUUGAAUCAGUGGAGUUCAGUGGAGCUUACUCCCAGGAAAACUUUGCAUAGGAUUGCAGUCACACUACUUAACCGAUCAGGGAUGUUAAGCCAGGUCUGCUCUGCUAAACUCCAGCAUGCUAACCGCAAUACCGCCCUUUGUCAGCUGAAUAUUCUGGGCUACUCUUUGUAUGUGUCUGUCUAUAUCUACAUACACAUGAUUGAUCAACUGCAUUUUGGACUCUCCUUGAAGAUGUGGCUAUAGGGAUUGUCAUGAUCAGCUCCUGCACUUCAAAAUUUACAUCACUGACCACACCUAUUGCCAUAGUUGCACCAGGUCAGAUCUGAAUUCCUACUACCCACUGCUGGGACCACUCAGUGUGGAGGAUUUUGCAGCUGCUAAACAGCACCAUUGUCUUGUCUAAGGCCACACAAUGAUGCCAUGGAGGACUUCAGCAUGAUUCCCCCAGAUCCACAUCCAGCUUUCCAUCAUUUAGGCAACACAGGCUAUAGGCCUAAUUAUUCUGGCUUGGAUGCAAGUUCCGGUGAAAUCUGAAGAAGCUACUUUCAGCCUGAAUACAUUUAGCAUUGACAUGCUGGUAUCUCUGAGGCUGUUCAACUUACUUUAUCUGUGACCGGAUCUCCUUCGUUCUAGAUUUCUGAAUGGCAAAUACAAUGCAGCAGAUUGGGGGAGACUUGUCAAAGUGAAUAGGAUUGUGGGGUGGUUAAGCUUAUCGUUCCUCUAUGUGAGCCUUGUGUCCCUCAGUUCAUGUCCCUUAUUGUUCCACGUACAUAAAAACUACAUUCUUGCGUUCUGUGUCAAUUCAUCCAGAAUAGCUAACACUCUGUAGUCCCCUGUGCACGUUCACUAAUGUGGAUUACAAUCCACUUCAUGCAUUUGAAAGGUUGGAUGCCAAAUUUUUUUAAAAAAAAGAUCCAUCCUUUAACCACCUUGUUUUGUGAUUACAUCAGAGUGGUUAAGAAACAGCUAAUCCACAUUAAGUGAUCUCAAAUAUGCACCCCUUAGAUCAGUAUACAAGCAAAUUGUAUAGUGGAUUGCCCUUGGGGAGGAAGAAGGGGAAAAAAAUCACUAGAGUCAUUUCAGUUUGAGUGCUGAGGUUUCAAAUCUUCCUCACAGUUCAUCCCAGGGCUUGGAGUAAAACCGACUUAAAUCUCAGGGUAACAAGUGAAGGGAUGGUGGAAUAAUAAUAUUUUUUAAAAAACAACCCUUAUUGAUCUUUAUUGAAGGUUUACGGCUUUGACUUUAAUUACAAGUUCGAUACAGCCAAAGGAGCUAGGGGAGAAAAAAAAGAGAGUUCUGUAGGAAGGUUUUAUUCUGAGACAUCUGUAGGUUGGCAGCUGUGCCAGCCAUGUCAAAUAACGGAAGCGGCAGAGCCAAGAACCUCAGUGUGUUUGUUGGUGACAGUGUUGUGAAUAUUGGUUGCACUGCACUAUGACAGCAUCUCUCCACGCCGCCGCCCCCCUUUCCUCCUUUUGCAUAUGUUUUUGGUGUGAGUGUGUGAGUGUGUGUGUGUGUACAUAUGGAACAGAGAGGCUGCCUUGUGUUUUAAUUCCAAGUAGCGCUUCCUUAGCUUGCGUGUGUGUGUGUGUGUGUGUGUGUGUGUGUGUGUGCAUCAGCAUCCUUGCAGAGCAAUUUUGCUAAUUAUAUUGGGCAAUCCACUUUAAAUUCGGGAACAUUGCAACUUUGAAACUGUAACAUUUUGACUGGCAAGAAUGACCAGGCUUCUCUCUCUCUCUCUCUCUCUCUCUCUCUCUCUCUCCCUCUCCCUCUCCCUCUCCCCUCCGCCCCACUCCCCAUUUCACAGUGAGCUAGUUGAAGGAAGCUGGCAUUGUCGCAGAGUGAAAGCUCUGCAGAAGUGCCGCAGGUUUUUUCAUAUGGAAAUGUGAAAUAAUGGGGUGAUUAAAUAGAGCUGUAUAUUAAAGUACAUCUGACAUUAGAAUUAGCAUAAUGUGCUCUAGCCCUAGGCUGAGUACUUUAUUUGCCAUCUGCGUCGGACCAAAAUCCCCUGGGGAAGCGCUAAAAUAUUCUGAAUAAACUCAGCCCGAGUUCUUAUUGAGAGUAAAAUACCAUUUGUGGCACGUCGUAUUGAUUCGUCUUAAUUGCGGUGCAGAAAAGAACAUUCAGUCGCCGAUGACUUUUGUACUCUAUGACAAGUCGGCUGGAGUUAUUCUAACAGUGCAGUUGGUUAACCUGAACAGACUGUGGUGCUCAGAGAAGGAGGAAAAAAACCCUUAUCUUCAGCCACAUAAAGUACAAUAUCAUCUUAUUUUUUCCCUUGGAUUUUCUGAGGCAAAAGCCUUUUUUUAAAAAAAGGCAUACACAUGCACAUACAUACAUAAGGGCAGCAAAAGGCUAAAGAAAAAAACUAGAGAACCCGUCCAUUAAAAUUAAAAUUCUUACCAUUCACACAGACACAGUUCAACAUGGAUAUAACUUGCCCAUGGGCUUCCAUCACCUGAGCCAUUAGUUCAUGAGAUUUACUAUCUAUAUUUCCUAAGCGCAUAAGAUAUUGCUGUAUUUGAAACUGUGCUGAGGUUGAUUGUUGCAGUGGCGAGAUGUGUUAUUUUUCCAUUCAAAUAGGUUCGCUAAGCACCUUCCUUUAUAAUAUGUAUUUUAAAAAAUGCACCACCUAAACAUUUAGUCUAAAGCGGGGGGUGGGGUGGGGAAUGGUGUAAUCUGUGCAAUUCUGUCAAAAUUCGCAUUCAGAUUUCACCCUAUAAUUUCCUGUCAUUGUACACAAUUUACAUAUUCAAACAUUCCCAACAAACCUUAGCCUAGGAUGUUUUUAUUACAAAUUCAGAUCAAGGGAAUAACCUUUAACUUCAGAGACAAAUGAGACAAAUUUACAAGUGCAUGUCUGCUGUUUUCUUGUGUUUUAUAAAUCCCUGUGGACCUGAACACUUUUGCUAUAACGCCACUCUGAACAAUAUACAUAUAUUACUACUUGUUUGUAGUGCUUUAGUAAUGAGUCCCCUUUGUAUUAGAUAACCUAUAUAAUUCAGCAUCCAGGCUCUCCAUAACGUCAAUUAUCUCCUCAUAGCUAAAUGUACAUUCCAUUAAAACAAGAUUUACAGCCCUUGCAAUGCUUCUUGGGCCUGAAUGUGGAGAUUUUGUGGAUUCGGAGAAGCAGGGAUAGUAACUUCGUGUUUGUUAAAGAAGUCAUGAAUUAAAAUAAUACACUCUUUCCUUUACUAGCUAGGAAUAGAUACCUAAUAUUCCCCAGAGUGUGCCUUGUUAAAACACGGUGAACAUUCAUGGCGGGGGGCAUGUCAAUUUCUUCUUCUUACUUUUUAGGUGCCAUUUAUCGUUUUGAAAAUUCACACUGCAUUUUUCACCCUGAUUAAUAUUUCUCAUCCUCACUUUCUCAUAAGUUUAGGAAACUGGAUCGCGGUUCAUUUCUGUAAGAUCAUGAUCUCCAAAAACUGUCCUGAAAAGAAAAGAAAAAAGGUGGGGGAGAGAAAGAAAGCAGGGAAAAUCCUUUUGCCGGCUUUCAAACAAACUACUGUAUAGGAGAUAGAUUUUAAAGGCAAGCUGUCGGUUCAUUUCAUACAUUGUAGCAAAGACAUUAGACAUAGACAUUAUUUCAAAUGGCUAUGAAUGUGUUAUGCAAAAGGAAAAGACCUAAAAUGUCCUUGAGAAGUAUGGUGUUUCUUCUCAAAGGCUAUAAAUGUGGCACUAUGUAUAAAAACCACCAUACCACAGGUGAAUCAUACAGCCUUUUCAUUUCACUAAUGGGUAAAUCUUUUCCACCUUAAACUAAUGUGCCUUUUCCUUCUUUUGUCAAACUAAUGAUUCUUCCAGUUUUAUAAAACUGUUCUAUAAAUUUGCCCCAUCCAUCCAUCUUCUGCCUACAUCUAUCUAGCAUUCCUAUCUUGAAUAUACAUUUUUUUAAAAAAAACAUGAAGCAUACAUCAAACCAUUUAGGUGCUAAUUAUAGGAUUUAGCUGGAAAACAUUGGGCGAAAAAAGGCUAACUUAAAAGUUAGCUCAUUGCUUUAUUAUAGAAAGACCUUUCCGGUUCCUCUACAUUUUUCUCUUUCUGAUAUAACAACUGUUGUAGAUUUUAGAGUUUGAUACUAAUUUAUAGGCAUCCAUGGAGAUAUAAUGAAAUUCACGGUUUUCUCUCAUUUGCAUAGCAUACAGGGAAUAUAGAUACAUUCCCAAACUUGUUUAGUGGUUUUGAAGCAGCCACAGAAAGCAGAGCCUUUGUCGUAAGUGGAGUACCCAGAAUUGCUAACGACUACUUAAGAAUCUGAAAUUGCUAUUUCUUUUUUAAAUAGUACAUUCGAUGGCUUUAUUUAGGGUUAAUGACCUUCUCUCUCCAUAGACUGUGUCAGAGUUCUGAGUCUGAGUGAAUGUUACUUACAUUUUAUACAAAUGAUUUCUUUGGGGGGUGGGCUUGGUGGCUGUGGGCAGCAUAUUGGUGUGGUAAGUCGGUCUUUGUUGUUGUUCAGAACUACAAUGCCCUCUAGAUGUUUCCUCAGCCACAAGGGACCUUCUUACCCAUGAGCAGCUCCUAUGUAGCUGAGAGAAUGUCUAAAUGACAUACUCAUUUCCCCAUGAUGUUUAGCCGGGUGCCAUGAGGGUGACUGAACUCCCAGUCGUGAAUGGCUUGGUCUCCAGAGCUAGCUAUUAGUACAGCUGUCUCUUUUUUUUAAUAUUUGCCAACGACAUUCCUGAUGGGUUGGCAUAUUAUUUUUGAUCAACAAAGCGUGUUAUUACAAAUGUGUUGAUGAGCCCUUAAUUGUGUGUCGGUUGGUAUUUGUUAUUUGUGAAUUCUUUAAUUCUGGCAUAACUCAACCUGUUAACUUUGAGAAGGACGAGGAUGGAGGUUAGUGAGAUGGCUUCAUAUUUAUGCUGGCGUAGUUGUGAUCAGAUUGUGAUCGAAUGCAGAUAUGUUUGAUCAUAUUCAGUAUGCCUUACCUCUUAGGUUGUCCCUGAUAUCUAUGCAAUCCAUUCCUGGUAAUGGCUGAAGAAGGCUCAACCCCGACUAACAAUGAAAACUGGAGAUAUGUGUAUCUUAAUCUCAUGGAAACACUAUUUUUCCAUCAUGAGCAGUAAACAAUUUACUUGAUUACACUGUUUGUUAAAAAGAAGGAAAGACGUACAAGUAGCAAGUAUUUGGUCUUGACUCUUAUCUGUUGUUGGUUGAAUCUAUGGCCCACUGAAGUCCAUGAGAAGAAACACUUGCAUUGUCUUAGGAAACCAAAACUUCAUGCUCCUGAUUAGCUCAUUCUCCUCUUGUGAUCCAAGGCAGAGAAUUCUGGUCUAGACUAUUUAAUAUAAAAGCAUACCAACUGCUGUAAGCUAUGGGGCAUGAAAUAAUUUACCAGUUGUGUGUUUUCCAUCUCAUUGGGAUGAAAGGUCUCAUUUCGCAUCUAACAGCAAACAAUAGUUUGUGGUUUUUCAUGCUUGUGGAGAUUUCUGCUUAUACGCUGCUCCCCUCUAGCCAGUGGGAGCAAUGAACCACAAUCCUUGCCUUAGAAUUACAACUGAAUUGGGGUUCAUAGAUUAUUUCGGUCAAACCACAAGUGGGGAUCUAAGAAGAAAAAUGGCUUAACAUCAUGGGUUGUUUGGAGAAACACAGAGUAUGAUCCUUGGUUUGCAUGUUAAUAUUCGGGAUCAUGGCUACUCCUGCCAACUAGAGGAGAGGGGCAAAGUGGGAGCCUUGUGUGCAUUCACAGUAAUGUAUUAAUUAUUGUUUACUGUGGCAUGCAAACACCCAGAGCUAUAUUUUGUGAAGGGAUACUUGCAGUGCCAAAUAUCCCAUAAUUCACACAUUCACUGACUUGGUUUAUUCUCAUAAAGUUCUCCAAAUGUUCAUGACCUUUUGUGGGCUCAUCUCUUCCGCUAUGUUGCCCACUUUGCUGCAUUCUCAUAUUCCUUCUACAUUUGUAAAACCAUUAAAAUGAACACUGGUAGAUCCAGUCAAAUGUCUGUUUCCAACAUUGGCUGGGCAGAUGCCUCUAACCUGCCCCCAACCCCAAGUCUAGCUUCCAUUCUCUAGUUCCCAUUAAGUUAUAGUAAUGAUAAUAAUAAUUUAUUUAUUUAUACCCCGUCCAUCCGGCUGGGUUUCCCUAGCCACUAUGGGCAGCUCCUAACAGAUUAAAAACAGCGUAACACAUCAAAUAUUAAAAACUUCCCUAAACAGGGCUGCCUUCAGAUGUCUUCAGAUAGUUGUUUAUUUCCUUGACAUCUGAUGGGAGGGCGUUUCACAGGGCCGGUGCCACCACCAAGAAGGCCCUCUGCUGUUACAACUUACACUUCUUCCCGAAAUCCUUUCCUGCAUACCACUUCAUUUCCAGAGCAAGCUUGUGCAACUUGUGAGCCAACCAACCUUAAUGUAGUCCACCAAUCAUCUGCCAGGUGGUUGACAACUGUUUUUGUAGUGCUAGGCAGUGGGGGGUGGAAUAGAGUGCAUUUGGCUUGGCAGGUCACAGAGUUGCAGGCCUAUUCCAGAAUGCACUAGCACCCUUGUCCUUGCCACCUCACCUUGCAUCAGUCAAGUAAUGCUUUAUUUAGUGGUUCUGAAGCUCUUUUGUCUGUGCUAAUGUAACACCGUGUUUCGUUGACUUCCUCUUGGUGGCAUUGUUGGCUUGUAAUGUUUUGAGUGGGCACCAGAGCACCACCAGAUGGGUGUUGUCUAGCGCCACUUGUACGAAGAGGAACAAAACAUCAUCACCCCUGCCCCCAGAUGUGGGCUCCUCCUCUUCCUGUAGGAGGCAGUCUGUUUUUUGCCUCACUUGAAGUUGGGUGUCUUUCUCAAGGGCUGACCUGGCAAUACCAUUGGGGAAAAACAGCUGCAACUGCGUCUUUACUCUUGGAACGCAUGACUGAUAGUUCGUCCUUGCUUCCUUUUAUUUACUACUGCUUUUAUUUGGCCUAACCUGUUGCAAGGACAGUUCUGUACAUAUCGGCCCUCUCCCCAAAUUCUCACUGGACCGCAAACCGUGAUCAAGAGCAGAUAAGUUGUGCAGCACAAAAAAAUUGCUUGCAGUGCAGAUAGCUCUAGAUGACUCAAGCAAGUAAACCGAGAGAAAGAUCUUUCUUCUGCCACAAAAUCAGGCGAUUAAUGAAUUAUGUUAAUUCCCUGCCUUAUUUUAAUUGUUCGGUAUAGAAUGCCACAGUGGUGCUUCCUAAGGAGAGAGCAGGCCUUACUUAUGAUUAAGUGAGCUGUUUCUCUGAAGCUGCUGUAACGUGACCACAUUUGAAACCACGAGGUAAAUUCCAUGUUAGAUUUCAAGGAAGAGAGAAAAACAAUGGGCUGCAACCUUGUAAUCCUAAUGGUAGCUAACCAGUGAGUCAUUUAACAUAUCCACUUAGAUAUCGUACAGUAGCCGAAGUCAUCCAAAAAUUUGUGUGUGUGUGUGUGUUCUUACCUGGUUUGUGGCUUGUGCUUUCUGCUUCUGAAAUUUCUGGCACUUGAAAAAGAGGAAACGGUUCAUUCAUUUUGCUAUUUGGUAUAGCACAGGGGUGUUUUUGGCACACCAGAGGUUCAGUUUCCAUAUCCCUUCUGGGGAUAUACCCUUAAACUAGAUUGCCAGUCAAAUGUCGAGUUCCCCGCUAGUUUUUGUUCUUUGAGAAACAUGAAAUCUUUUUCCCCCCCAUGGCUUCAAUUCCUUUUUCUUUUUAAUAUCAUCAACUGGUCUUAUGAAAAGGCUUGUUAAAACCAGUGCUUUCAAUUAAAGCGUUUUAAUUCAAUAAUAAUUCAAUUAAAGGUGUGUGUGUUUUAUUGAGCAUCCACACUGCUAUUAUUGGUGGUAUUAGAAUACAAAAACGUAAGUGGGAGCAAUUAUUUAAAUGCUCGUUAUGUGGAGAAAAAGCAGUAGAGGUAGCUAUAGAGGAGGCAGAUACAUGUCUGCUCCUGAGUGUUAAUACUAAACAUGCCCUCUCUUUUAAAUCUUGCAAGUUGCUAUUUUCAUGGAUUUCUAAAGCUGCACUGAAGCACCAUUAAACAUACCUUAUGUUUUUAUUGCCUCUGUUGCAGCUUUUUAAAGUGAGCAUGCAGUGUUUUGUGAAGGAGAGCUAAAGGAAGAUUUUUUUGGGGGAAUGCUCCCUCUAAGGGUGGCCCAGGGAGAAAAUGGACAGAAACAGGAUGGUACACUCCCUAAUGGAACUAUGCCUGUUACUAGCUGCCAUUAGAUUCUUCGUAUUGCUAAUUUACAUAAAUUAGAAUUAAUUGUGCAUGCGGUAAUUGGAGGUUUUUAAAAAAAAUAAUAAUAAAACUCUUAAGGACAGUGAAACCUACUAACUCCUUUGUUCUGUUAUUUUUCCCUGUAUUGUAACAGAUGAAAAUGGUUUAGGUAAAGUACAAGAGUGUAGUUCAUUCUUUAUUAGAGCCAUUUGUGUGCUGCCCUGUAACAUAAAGUUACAAGAUGGCUUGCAAUAAGUAAGUAAAACGUUAAAUAAAAUAAAAGGAAAACAAAAAAAUGGAACAAAUACAAGAAAAGCAAAAUGCACCGCGGCCCAUAAUUAAAACACAAGAGUUAAAGCUAGUGAUAUAUAAAAUACUUUGGGUGUUAAUUCAACCUUUGGCCUCCAAUGAAAGGCAAACAUUAUGUUAUUAAGCAACUGGCUUUGCAGGUGCAAGCCUAUGCAUGGUUUUGCUCAUGAGUAAGUUAGUGCCAUUAAGUUUAGUAGGUGUAUACUUACGGACUCAUUGUUAAAACUGUGUUUAUGGAAGACAAUCUUACUCGGCUACGAGUGAUCGCCAAAGAAGAAGAUAGAUAGAUAGAUAUAUUGCUCCUUAUUGCAACAUAAAAGCAAAAGCAAAUCUCCCUUAAAGCAUGAUUUCUGGAUUAUUUUGCUUGAUCUGGGUAUAAUACGUCUCACCCUGCUCCCAAGAAACAUCUUUCCCACUACGCACUAUAAUUUGCAGAGAAGUGCAACUUUUAGUGAAUCCCUGAUUAGCUUUCAAGUGCUGAUUUCUCUAAGCAUGACAACAGGAAGUUUAAGCACAAAACAAUCCCAUACUGACAUCAUUUCUUUGUGAGUGUGUCUUGCUCCCCCAUGUUAGUGCAUGGUCAAUCCUCCACUUCCUGCAGACAGGCAGCGAGUAUGCCCAUUGGAAGGAUAUCCCCGCCCUAAUCCAUGGGUAGGCAAACCUGGGGCCGGAUCCAGCCCAAUCGCCUUCUAAAUCCAGCCUGCAGACAGGCCAGGAAUCAGCAUGUUUUUACAUGAGUAGAGUGUGCCCUUUUAUUUAAAAUGCAUCUCUGGGUUAUUUGUGGGGCAUAGGAAUUCGUUCAUUUUUAUUUUUAUUUCAAAAUAAAAUAGUCCGGUUCCCCACAAGGUCUGAGGGGCAGUCGACCGGCCCACUGCUGAAAAAGUUUGCUGACCCCUGCCCUAAUCCCUCCCUCCAGGAGUAAUAUUUUUUAUUUUAUUUUAAUUUAUUUAUUAAAUUUGUAUACCGCCCAUCAUUCGCAGAUCUCAGCCUAAAUUUACAAUAUAAAAACCACAAAAAUACAUAGUAAAAAAUAAGAACAACAGAAAACCAAUAAUUCCCCCCAACCCAACCCACCCACCCCCCAUUUAAAAGGGCAUCGGAUGUCAAUAAGCCAAAGACCUAGUUGAAGAGGAACAUUUUCUCCUGGCACCUAAAGGUGUAUAAUGAAGGUGUCAGGCGAAUCUCCCUAGGGAGAGCAUUCCACAAAUGGGGAGCCACUCUUCUUCCUUAAAGUCCUUUGAAACAAAAGCAAUAUAAACUAUCGACAUUAACUACUGACUGUAUAAAAAGGGACUUGACUGGCGAGUAUGUCUGUGUGCCUCCUUGCAGAGGAGGAGGUAAGGGAGCUGGUAAACCUAGGUCAGAGUAAACCCAGCAGUAACUGCUCAGGGAAAGAAAGAAAAAAGACUCAGCAGAAACUCUGGAGGAUGGAAUUUGUCCUAGCUACUCUGGUGAGUGCCCAGUGCAAAAACUGCUUCAAACAUGGACAAUGCCACAGUGAGAAACCAUGCCUUGUGUGGGAGUACUAACUUCAGCUGCGCUUUUGCUUUGCUUUGUGUCCCUUUCUUUUUUUUAAAGCGCAUUCACAUUUUGAACAUAAUGUCACCCAUCACAGAGAAAGGGAGAGAACGAUUAUUUGUUUUCAGAAUAAGUCUACCCUCAGAAUAGGCAGGUGGGUUCAGCAAAUGCACAGUCUAUAAUUACUUGCAUAGGUUUAAGCUAUGGGAUACUCAAAGAAAGGCUCUCGUUAUUUAAUUGGAUUCGUUUGUUAGAAGUCAUUUGCUAGAUGCUUGUUAUGCACCAAAACAGAACUGGGUAGCAAAAGCCUUGGGGCAGGGGGUGGCUGGAAGCCACAGGGGUUGCGUGGUCUGCUGGUAGACCUAAAGGUGGGGGGAUUGGUGGUCCCUGAGGGGAUCCACCCCACUUGGGAACCCAGAGGCAAGAGGGGUGUAUGGUGUGGUUGAUGGCUGCAUAUAUGCAGCUUCCCAACCAACCACUUGGGGGAAUGGUAGCAGGGCUCUGGUUCCUGCUCAGAGGUGCUUGGAAGAACGCUCUUGAGCUCGUGGCCUGCUUAAUAAACACCUGCUUGGCCACUCUAGGAAACAGAUAGUCUCACCCAAGAGGGCUUUGCAUAUGGCUCUUAAGUGCGUCUCCAAGUGGCUGGCUAGGAGUUAGAAUCUGUUAGCUAAUCUGCCCCCAUGCUGCCCCUUCUUGGAGACAAACUCGGUUCUCCAGCCACAUUCUCCACCCACUAUGACAUCUAGAGGCCUUGUGAAUUCAGGAUCUCGAGAGAAAUAACCGCUGUAGAGUCCUCGGGGAACCUUACAUCGCAACUUGUUCUUUAUUUAGUCCAUUUAAAUUAACCACUGUUUCAGACACAGUGUGUAAUAAUAAUAGUUUAUUAUUUGUACCCCGUCCACUCUGGGCGGCUUCCAACAAAGAUUAAAAAUACAUCAAAAUGUCACACAUUAAAAACUUCCCUGAGCAGGGCUGCCUUCAGAUGUCUUCUAAAUGUCAGGUAGUUGUUUAUCUCUUUGACAUCUGAUGGGAGGGUGUUCCACGGGGCGGGUGCCACUACCGAGUAGGCCCUCUGCUGGUUCCCUGUAGCUUUGCUUCUCGCAGUGAGGGAACCACCAGAAGGCCCUCGGCGCUGGACCUCAGUGUCCGGGCUGAACAAUGGGGGUGGCUCCUUCAGGUAUAGUGUAGUGAGUUCUUUGGAUGAGCGAGGGGGUAGAGAAGAGCCAUUCUAGAAUAGUCAAUCAAGGAUAAUGACACAAGUUUAUUGUAUAGCUGCAAAAAAAAAAUGCUGUAAAAAGAUAAGGCUACAUAACAGUGCGACUGUAGUUCAAUAUUCGGUAGAUGUAAUUUAGACAGACACCACCACCCCAGAAGGACUGAGAGCAUUGGACGUAACACAAAGCAAAGAGGGCAAAGUGGGGGAAGCCAGCAUGACUGAAGAGUCCCACUUUCUCAUCUUUGUACUAUAGCAAGUUAAAAGGAAAACUCGCCCAUCUCUCCCAUGGUGAUAAUGCUUGAAGUUGGCUGUUCAGGAGCUCAACCUUCCACUUCAGACUAACACAGGGGACCACCUCAUGUACUAAAAGCUCAUUCUGUAUUAGAAGUACAUUUAGUUCCGUGUACUAAAGAAAUUCUAUAAGUGUGGAUCCUUAUAUAACCAAAAUGGCACCUUCCACACAUAAGACGGAGGUAUGAACAGGAUUCGGGGAACCCCAAGAUUUGCAAAAUUAUGAAAAACAUCCCUAGGGAGGAAAAAUUAUUGAGAGGGAUGUGGAAGAGAAACCCCAAACUGCCCAGUGAGGACUUUAUCUUUCCCCCCAGUAAUGUGUAAUGUGCAAAGCCACAUUGAGGACACUCACACCAAAGUAGCCCCCCUCCCCCCAAGAGUAGGCACUCUGCUUUAUUAGCUGUAAGGAUCACUUUAUAGCACUAUUUGACCGUUCCUGGGCAUUUUUAAAAUACUUAGCAAGUUUUAGCAUAUAAAAAUGUUCGGAGUGGAUCUUCAAAGACUUUUUGACAUUGUUCUGUUCUUAAAAGUGAGCAUCCACACCGCUCAGGGCAACUUCGAGGCAAGAUAACCAUGAAGUGAUAAUAUGGAAAUGAACAUUUUAUUUUUUUAUUUUCUGUAAGUAUGAAAAAAAUAAUAAAGGAGAGUCUAGGGAGAGCCUUUGAGGGCUGUGAAACUGAAGCAGGGGAGGAAGAAGAAGAAAAAAAAUAAGUGAAUCUGUCAGAGCUGAGUAGCCUGCAGUCAAUUUUGCCAUUGUGAACAGGGGGCUGCCGAACAGAAGAGUUUAGGGGCAUGAAAGAGAAAUGAAAGAAAAACAAAGGGAAGAGCUGCUACUGUUAUGACCGAUAACUUGUCAUAUCAGUAUCUUAUGGCAGUAAUACACACUAAUAAGCUGGUUUUGAACGGGAAUAAGAAAGCAGAAGUAAAAUGGAUUCAUUCUUUCACUUGCAUUUCACAGAGGUGAUUUUUUUUAAAAAUGCAAAUUAUUACUAUUAGUAUUAUUAUUAUUUAAAAAAAAACACUACCACCACCAAAAACCAAAGCUUCCCAGCUGUAUGAAACAAAUGCCAGUGGCUAGCCAGCUGCCAUUUUAAGGCUAUGUUUUUAAUUUUAUUUUUAAACCAUCCAUUAGACUGACCUUGGUCUUCAGAUCAGCCCACAACAUACUGUUUUAUCUAUCUGCUUUUCCUGAGGUAAAUCUCUUUCCUGAGGUAAACCUCUUUCCUGGCAAAUGCAGAAGGGGUGUGCAAGGAAGGGGGAACUCUGUUAUUAGGCAAACCAGAUUCUGGGAACACUGAGAGAAAACAGAUAAAUAGAGAAUUCACUCUGCGACUUUAAAGAAGGAAGACCCAGUCAUCUGUGGGAAAUCAGUCAAUUAAUUAGUGUUUAUAAAAUGGAGGUAAAGGGUGCCAAACAGUCUUUAGUGUGAAGCUAUAUGACCUUGUAAGAUUCUGCUCUUUGGUUGCUAUUAGAUCACACUUUUUAUUAUUAUUUUUUAAAGGGUUUUAUGAAAGUCCAUUCAAGGGUGAGUUGAGGUAAAACAUAUUGUUAAAAAAAAAGCUUUUGACAGAAUAUGCUAUAUAUUUUAGCCUGCCUCAGUGAUUUCUGUCACAUUCUAUACUACGUAUAGUGUUGUUUAAGAAACAUUAAAGGUCUAGACUUCUUUUUGUCACAUUCAUUCUUGAGAAAGAAAGAAAAAAAUUAACUAUUGGAAGUACUAAUGGGAGCACUGACUGUUAAAUAAUCUUCAGAGCUGACAUAAAACAACUUCUGCCUGCCAAAUGCCUCAGUUGCUAAGUUGAUAGUAAAGGACAUUUCUCUGUAGGAUCAUGGUCUAUAAAAUUGUUAGGGAUUUCUGCUAGAAUGCUUCUGGUUGUAUGUCUUUUUCUUAUGGGGCAACUUUUAGUGUUUGGAAGAAGCAGCAACCAAAGGCAUACAGCAAAUUGCCCUACAGCAAGAUUUUGAGUUAGGGUUGGGUGAGAAUGUCAUAUUUCCCCCAUGAAUCUUAAAUCCCAUCACUUAGAGCAGGGAAGCAAGUUUUUCCUAAAGUGUGACUAAUAGCUCAUUGACACUGGACUUGCUCUAAAGUCUAUAUUGCUCCAGCUUAUAACUUACUUUAUCUACUCUUAGGGACUAGUGUGCCCCAAGAUCUGUGCAUCCUAUGGGGUUUGCCUAGCUUCUCUGUUGAUUGACUGAUGAAUGUCUCUCUCCCUCUUUCCCAAUACUUAGGCUUUGUCCCAACUAAUUGUUUAUGUACAAUGUGCAGAUACCAUUAAUGUUGGUGAUUUCAAUAGGACUCGGGGAAAUCGUCCCCACGUGCCGAUAUCUACAUAAUACUUGUUGCCUUCUAGCUCUUUGCAGAGAAUACACAAGGCAUUCAAACAGCUCUAAGAGCCCUGUCUCUGCCAAUCGGAACUACUAUAAUUAGGGAGUAGGAAUCCAGAUUUGUGAUCUCUGUGUUGGCUUGGGGCAUGUCUGUAGGGCAUUUUCUCCCUUAAAUGGCACGAGAUGUUGAUUCAGGCACGCAAAUGCCCUCAUUCCCAUUCAUUCAUGCUCUCUUAUCAUACCCAGGGCAAGCACCAGCGUGCUUGGCCAUCUACCCAGUGUCCAUUGGGGUUGGUGAUGGGCACAUCUGGGGGGGGGGUUGCGCAUGCUCUAACACAGCGGUUAGGUCCCCAGAUGUUGGACUACAACUCCCAUCAUCCCUAGCUAGCAAGGCCAGAGCUCAGGGAUGAUGGGAGUUGUAGUCCAACAACAUCUGGGGACCCACAGGUUGAGAACCACUGCUCUAACAGGACACAAGCGAAGAAAAAGGGAGAAGAUUUUCUUGUCCCAUCAUUAUUUCUUCUUCUUCUUCUUCUUCUUCUUCUUCUUCUUCUUCUUCUUCUUCUUCUUCUUCUUCUUCUAUUGCCAAGGCCAAACAGGAAGGAAUGGAUACAGGGUGGUGGAGAUUGCUAUAGCGGAUUGCCGCAACAAGAAGAAACCACUGCUUCUGCCACUGCCAGUGCCAAAAGUGAGCUGCAAGUCAUAAGCACUGUUGAAAAAGAGCUAGAAAUAGGAGUGGCAGGUGACAGGUAACAAGCCCUUGUGGUGCUUUUGAAACGUCCUGCACAAAGUCUUCUGCUCCUUUUUGUUUCCAUGCUGCUAGCAACCAACAGAGCAUGGUAGCAGGAACUUUGACUUGUGAUAAGAGAACAGCAAUAGUUUCAAAAUAAAGGAAAUUUGGACAGGACAUCCGCACCCCACUCUCCAUAUUGGGCAAUUCCUAGAGAAUGGUACCAUAUUUAGAGGCAUGUGUUUUGCAGAAUCCUUUUCCUGUUUCUCACUGAGCCAGUCCAGACCAUCACAAAGCAGUAGAGUUAAUUGUAAUAAGGGUCAGACUUUUGUUUUUUUUAAAAUAACAAUUUCGUCAAUAUCCUUGCUGUGAGAAUACAUUCAUUUUCCGGCAGAGCACCCAGAAAUCAGCUGCCAUAGUUUUCCUGUGUAAAACAAAUAGCUGCUGUGAAAAAGCUGAAUGUGACAUUUUAAAAAAUCUGGAAUGUAUCUAUAUCUAGGAAUUUGCCAGGUUUUAUGGAAGUGUUCCUAUUUAAGGUGAUGAUAAAACGUUUUGCUUUGUGUAUCCAGGGAUGGAUUAUUUAUUUAUUUUUUGAUAGCGAAAUAAUUGAGUGCUGAGCUGUAACGUGCCCACACCUGCCUCUCUUUUUUUUCCUUUUUUCCCUACAAUUCUGAAGAAGGAAUGUGUUUUUAAAAGUUCAUUCACUAGCUGAGAAGACAAAGCAACAGUAGAUUAGGAAGACAAACAAGAAAGUCAAAAGUUCAAACUUUUUUUUGUAUUAAAUGACACGGUUUGAGUACUUCUGUAUAUAACCCAGUUCAAAUAUGGCUCCGGUGUCUGUUAACAACUACAUCCAACUGUUAUUAUGGGUUUUCAUAAUUAGACAAUUAUUUAUCUUCUGACGUGUUCAGAGCUUUCGAUAAACACAGAAGCAGGAUGGUUUCUUCACAGGGUGCAUUUUUUUAAAAAAGCUUAGAUGGGAUUCUAACACCACUGUUGUCGGUGAAAAUAAGGCUGGAUUAGAAUAUGGGAGAUUUCCAUUUGAAACCUACUUAGGGAUGUUCCUGGUAAAAUCCCAGGCACAUAAGGAACUGCCUUAUAUCAGCUUGGCUCAUUAGCCCCACCUAGGUCACUAAAUCGAUUGGCAGUGGUUCACCAAUGUUUUAGCAGGAGCCCUCAACUACCUGGAGAUGCCAAGGAUUGAAUUUAGGGGCUUUGGACAUGCAGAACAUUUUCUAGAAAAAUAGCACUGAAGAAGCAUAUUCGCUUAAACGGAAGGGCACACAUAUUUAACUGAUGAGCUUAUGUUUGAGGGUAAACUGGAUUGUUUUGAGGCUAUUUUGGUUCUGAUGCGCUAACAGGGAAUGAAAUAGAAAACGCUAACACGUCUAACUAGGAAUGGGUAGCUUCCGUUUAUUAAGCUGUUAAUUGUUCCUCAUUCUUCAAUAUCACAAAAGGCACCUCCACUUAAUUUUUGCAUCCCCCCCCCUGAAAUUUCACCUUUCCUCUAAGGAGCUGUAGGAUUUGUGAUUUUCCUCCCACCCUUUAAUCCUCCCAAAAAACCUGUGAGGUAGGUUAUGCCCAAAGUCACGCAGUCCGCUUCACGGUUGAGCAGAGAUCUGAACGAAUAAUUUUUGAACAAAGUAGGGACUCUUCUCCUGCAAGUGGAACAGACAUGUCUUACCCCAGCAGCAAGCCAUAACUUUUUUGUUUGCUAUACCGUAAACAGAUUAUGGAUAUGAUGUAAACAUGCAUUUUCCUUUUUGUAUUAGAAAACAGAAAUAGAAACAGAAAUGACACAUUAUAACUGGAAAUAUUUUUUGCUUAGAAGUUGUCUGUGUUAUAAUACUGAUCUCUCUCUCUCUCUCUCUCUCUCUCUCUCUCUCUCUCUCUGUCUCUUUCUUUCCCUUCUAUAGGUAAAGAUGAGCCUUCAAGCUAUAUUUGCACAACAUGCAAGCACCCUUUUAACAGCGCUUGGUUCUUGCUUCAGCAUGCCCAGAACACACAUGGAUUCCGCAUCUACCUGGAAACAAGCCCUUCAAACAGCUCCCUUACUCCACGCAUCACCAUCCCUCCUCCUCUGGGACCCGAGACUGUUGCACAGUCCCCGCUGAUGAAUUUCCUUGGUGACAACAACCCUUUUAGUCUCUUGCGAAUGACCGGUCCCAUCCUGCGCGAUCACCCUGGCUUUGGCGAAGGCCGGCUCCCCAACACGCCUCCCCUCUUCAGCCCGCCGCCUCGCCAUCACCUGGAUCCGCAUCGCCUUAGUGCCGAAGAAAUGGGGUUAGUUGCCCAGCAUCCCAGUGCCUUUGACAGAGUCAUGCGUUUAAACCCCAUGGCAAUUGAGUCGCCAGCGAUGGAUUUCUCCAGAAGGCUUCGAGAACUGGCAGGGAACAACUCCACCCCUCCGCCAGUUUCUCCCAACCGCAACAACCCUAUGCAUCGCUUGUUGAAUCCUUUCCAGCCAAGCCCUAAAUCUCCUUUUUUGAGCACCCCGCCAUUGCCGCCAAUGCCCCCGAGCAGCACUACGCCUCCCCAGCCUCAGGCUAAGAGCAAGUCCUGUGAAUUUUGCGGGAAAACGUUCAAGUUCCAGAGCAAUCUCAUCGUCCACCGGCGCAGCCACACAGGAGAGAAGCCCUACAAAUGCCAGCUCUGCGACCAUGCCUGUUCUCAAGCUAGCAAACUAAAACGCCAUAUGAAAACGCAUAUGCACAAAGCUGGGUCCAUGACAGGGAGAUCAGAUGACGGAUUGUCCGCCACAAGCUCCCCUGAGCCCGGCACAAGUGAGCUCACUGGGGAGGGACUAAAGUCUAGUGAGGCAGACUUCAGGAACGAGAGUGAUCCUUCUCUAGGCCACGACAAUGAAGAAGAGGAAGAAGAGGAGGAGGAGGAAGAAGAGCUGGAAAACGAAAGUAGGCCCGAGUCCAGCUUCAGCAUGGACUCGGAGCUGAGCCGUAACCGAGAGAACGGUUCCAAAUCGCUGCCAGAUGAAAAAUCCCUCGUCCUAGGGAAAGUGAUAGAGAAUGUUAGCCUUGGUACCAUCCAGCAAUACAGCGACAUGUUGGCUGAGAAGCAGAAAAGGAGCAGCUUCAUUAAGAGGUCCUCUGACCAGCGAGACCUCUGCCCCCGAGACCUUUGCCAGAGAGACACCGGCGACGAAGACUCGGUAGCUGGAGAACUUGACCGUACUGAGGAGGGGACAGUCAACGGGAGGAACUUUGGUCCUGGAGAACCUUUCCCUGGCCUGUUCCCUCGCAAGCCCACCCCAAUCACAAGCCCCAGUUUAAACAACUCCUCAAAAAGGAUAAAGAUAGAGAAAGAUUUGGACUUGCCACCAGCAACAAUAAUACCUUCUGAAAAUGUUUACUCGCAGUGGCUGGUGGGGUACGCAGCGUCGAGGCACUUCAUGAAAGAUCCAUUUCUUGGGUUCACAGACUCCCGACAAUCCCCCUUCGCCACCUCUUCUGAGCAUUCCUCUGAGAAUGGAAGCCUGCGUUUCUCCACCCCUCCAGGGGAUAUGCUGGACGGCGGUCUCUCAGGGCGCAGCGGGACGGCGAGCGGAGGCAGCACGCCCCACAUCAGCGGACCUGGCCCUGGCCGACCCAGUUCCAAGGAAGGACGGCGGAGCGACACGUGCGAGUACUGUGGCAAGGUCUUUAAGAACUGCAGUAACUUAACGGUGCAUCGGCGGAGCCACACGGGAGAGCGGCCUUACAAAUGUGAGCUCUGCAACUAUGCAUGCGCCCAGAGCAGUAAGCUGACGCGUCAUAUGAAAACACAUGGCCAGAUAGGGAAGGAGGUCUACCGCUGCGACAUUUGUCAGAUGCCCUUCAGUGUUUACAGCACCCUGGAGAAACACAUGAAAAAGUGGCAUGGCGAACACUUGCUGACAAAUGAUGUCAAAAUUGAGCAGGCAGAAAGAAGCUAAGGCCCCCGCUGGGUUUUAAAAAAAAUAAAAAUCAGGGGUCUAGGUAACAUUUAAAUUGUACAGUUUUAACUAUUGCCAACUGAGAAAAGCUGACCUAACUUGCCUCCAUAUACAUAAUUUAGCAUAACUAUGGCAGGUGCCAGAAUUUGGCACUUAAAUAUAACCUGUGUCUACAAAGUUCUAUUAAACCUGAGGAUUGGUUAAGGCAGUAAAAAUUGUGAAGCCUUUUAACUGUGCAAUAAUUUCUGUAUUUAUUGGGUUAUUUUGUAUUUUUUAAUUUUUUUUGGCAUGUGCAGGUAUUUUUUUUUUAAUACUUUCCCCUCCUGUUUUAGAUUUCCUUUAAAAUUUUGUUGAGUAUCCCAUUCUAAUUUUCCCCACUAGUAACCUGAGAUUAUUUGCAUUACAGGGGGAGAUACAUAUCAAUUUAAAUUAUAAUUUUAUAGGGCCGCUGCUUUGUUGAAUCUUAUGCUAAGCAUGUGUAAUUUCUUGUGAAGAAGCCAGCAUUUUAAAUAAUAAUUUUCUUCUCUCUCUAUUAUUUUUUAGCCACCCCCACCCCUCGCUUUUCUUUGAGAAAGAAAGAAAAAGGAAAUAAUUUGAAAAUUAGGAAAUAUAAAAUAGAACCGCGGAUAACAAUCUUAAAAAUUGUAGCACUUUCUUUUGGAUUUGGAUCUAAUAUGUAGCACUGGUGAUGCCACUAAAAAUAGAGGCCUUUACAUUUUUUUGUAAAAAAAAUAAAAUCCCAGACUUCCACAGUAGAAGUUAUGAAAGCUAAAAUGAAAUAGGCAAAUUUGUUCCCACCCCCCUUAAAGGCAGCUAUAUUUAUAAGAGCAAUAGCAAGAGUUGUGCAUUAUUAAUAUGGAAUUUGUUCCAUUUACUAAUGACUUACUUUCACCUUUCUGUCAUCUUCUUUAACUUCAUUACAUAAAGGGAAUGCAAGAGCCCUGACAGCUAGCAGCAUGUGCAAAUUUUAGCAAGCAUGGAGAAAGAAAAGGAACCUUGCUUGUAGUCCCCCCCGCCCUCCCCGCCCCAUGUCACGUGCUAUUCUGGCCUUAAACUUUACGCACACAAUAAUUGAAGUUAUCACUUGACGACCUGAAUACAUGAUAAUGGCUGCAACGGACCGUUCUGUAGCAAAUACACCAGUGCCCCUUUUGGGGGACUGGGUUUGCAACCCUAACCCCAUGUUAGCUGGGAGCAAGCCCCACUGAACUCAGCAGGACCUACUUCUGUGUAGACACAGUUAGGACUGCACUCACUGCAAACGUGGUUUCAUACCGAACCUCAGUUUGUGUAGUAAGUGCACACGUGUGGGCAUGUGUGUGAACGCAGGGUCGUGCGCGCGCACAUGCUAUGGCUAACGUAAUUGUUUUGAUUAGGACUGGUGAAUCAAAUUACGGUACCCGAUGAAUCACAUGAAACCUGCAUGCUUCUUCAUAUGGCUAAAACAGUUGCUCUGAAGAAGAAAGUCCAUUAUUUUUUUUGGUGGUACAUAGAUGCAUCACAGCAGGUGCCCAUUAGACGUGGCAUUCCCUCCUCUGCUUUGCAUGCAAAAGGUUCCAGGUUCAAUCCCUGGUGUCUCCAGAGAAGGCUUGUCUGAAGCCCUGGAGCGCUGUUGCCAGUCUUUAUUGACCAUGCUGAGCUCGAGGGAUGACAUCUUCUAAUAAGGGGCAGCCUUUCCCCCCUUUUCUAUUUAGAAGUGCUCUCCACUGCUUUUUUCCUGGUCGCAACCGUAGGAACACUUACCUGGGAGUAAGCCUCAUUGAAGGCAGUGACUUAUUUCUGAAUUAGACCUGCACUGCGCAUAUAUUUAAGGGGGGGGGGUUAAUCCAACCAAUUCAUUGAUUAAAGGUUGACAUAUUGUCAUAUGAUCAGUUUCCUCAGGGUGUAUUAUCUAUCACAUCAGGCAAUUACCCGUCACAUUAGGCAAUUAUACAACAAUGGGAGAUGUUAAUCCUUGUUGACACACAUUAAGCAGGGCACAUAAACUUGCAUAAGAACUUUCGCUGUGUGAACUUGAAAGAGUCCCAGUUUACUCCCAACAGCCUUUGGUAAGGAAGAGUAACAACAUCUUAACCCUUGCGUCCUUCCUUGUCUCCCUCUGUUGGAUGGUGACUGCUUAGCUAGCGAACAAAAUAAUAAACUUUUCUCAAGCUGACCCCUACAGAGAGUUCCGGCCAUAUUUUGUCUGUUGUAGCAAAACAACUCAGAUUCUAAUGUAAGAUAUAUGUUUGGCUUCAAGGUGCUACAAGACUCAAGUUUCUACAUCAACAGGAUGUAUAGAAACCCAGUUUAAAAUAAUGAUGUCGGGUCCAAAUUCCCACCACAAGUGGGACCAACCACACAUAAGCCCAUCCCAAGCAACCCACAAAAUCCACACCCCAGUGCCCCAUUAAGCAGUAAGUAAAUGGAAGUGAUUCUUGAAGAGCAGAUAGCUCCAGAUGACUCAGCUAAGUGAGCCAAACUAUAUACUUCCCUAGGCUUGUUGGUCAUUGGGACCUGAUAGGAACUCCUUCCCUACUCCAGAUACCAGGUAUUUUAGCCCCCUGGGCUAUGAUGUUCCUGAAAACAGUUCCCAGCACCGUGGCGACACCGAACUCCCAAUAUUUCUUUGAGCAACUCGUGGGUUUACAUUACAUUUACAUUACUCAUGUUCCAUGUUAUUAUUUUAUUAUUUAUUGAAUUGAUAUACCACCCUACACCCGCAGGUCUCAGGGUGGUUCACAGAAUAAAAUCAGAAUAUAAAACCACAAAGUACAUAAUCAAAAUAAAAAUGACAACCCAGUAACCCCACCCCAGUGAUUGUAAUAUGGAGAUAGAAAUAGGAGGGCCGAACUUGCUGCUCCGAUCAUCAUGUCCCCUGCUGGCUGAAUCCCUUCUCCGCCAUCUAUAAACUGGGGAAAUAUCUUUAGAAGUGAGCAUAUUCUACAAACCCAGUUUCACCUGAUCAUCUUGAGUUCUAAAACCUGGGGCAGUCGUGGCAUGUGGUGCAGGAUCCUCUGUACAGACAUACCCACCCGCCACCCAGCAUAUGGACAUAGACAGGCAGAGACCUAAUGGUGAUGUGAGAUGGCCCCAUUCUGUUCCCUCCCCACGGUCACAGCCAUGUGGAUGAUAACUUCCGAAUAAGGCUAAUCUUUUACAUGCGUUUGUCUUUAAAAUGGCAGCUGAUUUAAAAAUGAGAGUACCUGUUCCCUAAUUUUGACGUGUCCGAUAUUCAAGAAAUAUUCAAUAUUCAAGUACUAUAACGCUCCCAUGGUUGCCGUACUGUUUCUAAAGGCAAGUCCAGUGCAGACCACCAGCUACUUCCGGCGGUCCACCACUGGUGUUUGCCUCGGGUCUGAAGAUGGCAAUUCUCUUGCACCAGAUCUCCCGGGUCAAGUUGGCUUGGUGAAUCACCGCUUGUACACUCUGUUUCACAUUCAGUAUACCACACAGAGACAAAUACACAAGGUUGCUCACCACAAUUAUGGAAAUGCUUCGAAGGAAUAUCUGCACUUAAGACUGGGAUUGAAUAAAACACACACACACACUCCUGCAUAUUUGCGCACCCCAUGACACCAAUUUGUGCAAUAUUGUACAAAUACGAUUUGCUUACUUCACAGUGGUUUCCUUACACAGUGGUUUCCUUCCUGGCUUUUGCCUAAGACUUCUGUAUAAACUGUGCUCUCUAGCAAAAAGCAACAGUUAUAGUUACAGCUGUUAUUCAAGAGCCGAGUGCUAGCCUAGACUGCGAGGCAUUUUGCCAGGGAAAUGAAAAUAUUGUCUCGUAUAAUGCACAAUUAUGUUAUUGUAAAGUAAAUAGGCCAAAUGCUCCCUUUUAGAAUAGUGCCAUUAAAGUAACGUUUAAGUAUUGACGAGGCGUCUCUAUAGUCAAGGUUUUGAGGGUUGCAACCUUUAAAAGGGUACUGAAAUAAAAAGGUGCGUAAAUUAAAAGCUCCCUAUAUUUGGAAGUACACAAUUUGAGUUCCAUAAAGCAGGUUUGUUUUGUUUCUGGUUUUGUUUUUGUUUUUUGUUGUUGUUUUUUAAAACACCUCCAUUAUUCAUUGAAUUAUAAAAACUAAAUUAAAAGCCGUGACGUCCAAUUUUUCUUUGGAUAGAUUUUUGGGUAAUUUAGCACUGGGGAAGGAUCCAUAAUUGUAAACCAAUUUGCCCACAUUCUUAAACUCCAGUCACAUAUUGUACUUUGUUUAGGGUUACUGGAUGUGCUUUGUUUAUGCUAAAUCUCAUAUUCCAGUAUGUAAUAUCUCCCAAAGAACAGAAAAUAAGGACCCUCACUGCGAACACUAAAAGCCCUUUGGAAGUUACUGAAGGUGCCAGAUCAGUCCUAUUUGAAGCUCUUGGCUCAGCCUUUUCAUUCUGAACUUUCUUAAGGCCAAUGAUUAGAUUAAUUCCUUGAUGGGGACAAUGAGGUCAAGAGGAAGGCACCUAUAGACCUACACCUUGGUGCAUUUGUUUGGUUGAAAGAGUAGGAACCCAUUUAGGCAAAAAUAUUAAAUAACCUGCUCUGCUCUGCUCUUCUCUUCUGUUUUUUAAAAAUCAUUUUCAAGUCUGGCUAUCCCGGGAAGAUAGACAGCUACCACAGGAGACCCAGCCUCCUUUAUGCCUUUUACCUGCUCACAAGUCAGAUUUUGUAUGUUGCCUUGACUGCAGAAUCUAAGUUGCAUUUUUCUUUACUUGGUGUUGUGUUGUUUGACAGGGCUGUGGAAUAAUGGGACACUUUGUGGGCUUUUGGCUUCCGUAUGCAUCUCUCUCAUGUGAGCAUUCCACCACAUGUGUCCAUAUGCCUCAUAAACUUCCUUUUUCUUUUAAUAUCCCAGAUCAGAAUAGGUGCCCUCAUCCAAAUUGCCCAUCUUUCUUUUGUGCAUUGGGUAGACCAAUAUAUAUAUCUCCCCAUCCUACUUGAUCUAGGGAGGUUUUCUAGGGUAUAAUUUGGAUUCCCCUGAUUUAGUCUGUCAAGACAGUGGACAAUGUAAAAGUUACGCAUUUUGAUUCUGUUGACCCGCACUUUAAAGCUUUUUGUUCGCAUUCAAAACCAGCGGCUUCUGAACAAGAAAUUACAACAGCUUUGUCUUUGCUUGGCCCAGAGGUGGGUGAAACUAUUAAGGGGGACAUCUGAGAUUAAGUGUCAGUGUUGCUAAGCGUGGCAUUCACAAUACUGGCACUAUAAAGAAAAUAAUAAUAACUUAUUGGACAGUUUUUCUACUGCCAUUCAAUUUGAUGUGAGUGCCUUGAAAACUGAUCUUCCUAUUUGAGUCUCUUGAGACAAAUGCAAACAUUUUUGUGAAAUGAAAAGACUUUUAAAAAAAUGGUAGAACAAGAAAAGUACGUUCUUUUAGGGUUAAAACAAAACAAAACAAAAGAGCCACAUUUACUUAAAAAAAAAAAAAAAUCCUGGUUGAAGAUAGUGGACAUGAAAAUGCCAUAAGACCCAAUCAAAUGAAGAUGUAUAUCCAGCACAACUUCGGACAUCAAUUUGCUGAAUUGUUCUCAGCCUCUCUCUUUUUUUUCAGGACAACGCUGCUUAGGAAAUGGAAUGGAAAUGAUUUACUGCUGAAUUAAAACUCAAAUGACACAAAUUGCAAGUUGUUAUCAUUGAAUGAAAAAAAAUUCAGGAACAACGGCUAAUUUUUUAAAAAGUUAAAUUUAGUGCACUCUGUCUUAAAAUACGUUUACAGUAUUGAAUACAUACAAGGGUAAAAAAAAAUUGUGUGUAUGUGUGUUUGAGCAAUCUCUCUUCUUCUUUUUUUCAAAGUUUGCUUAAUAGGUUAUUAAAAAUGCCAUAAUGGCCAUGUGUAUAUUGUUUUCUUUUGGUGACGGGGUUUUAGUAUAUAUUAUAUAUAUUAAAAUUUCUUGAUUACUGUAAAAGUGGACCAGUAUUUGUAAUAAUGGAGAAUGCCUGGGCAUUUUACAAAACCAGAAAGAAAAAAAAAACUUUUCUCUUUUUUCCUUGAAAAUGUUGCAGUAAAAUUUAAAUGGUGGGUCUAUAAAUUUGUUCUUGUCACUGUAACUGUAAAGUCUGAGUUUUAGUAAUUUUUUUUUUCUGCCUUGGGUGUUGAAUUUUUAUUUCAAGAAAAAAUGUAUAGAAACUUGUAUUUGGGGAUUAAAAGGUGACUGCUACACCAUGUAGAAAAAGUAUGUAGGAAAAAAGUGCUUAAUAUUGUUAUUGCUUUGCAGAUUAAAAAAAAAAAAUCACAUUUCUGACCUGUACCUAUUUUUAUCUCUCUCCCCCCCCUCCCCUGCCCCUAUAUCCCCCUCUUCUGGAAUGGAUAUUGAUAUUGGUUAAUUCAUAUAAUGUAGGCACUUGCUGUAUUUUUACUGGAACUUGUAAUUUUUUAACUGUACGCUUGUCCUUUUAAAGGGAUUUAAUGUACUUUUUUGUUAGUGAAUUUGGAAAUAAAAAUAAAAACAAACAAACAGGCUGCCAUAAUAUAUUUUUUUAAUUUGGCAGGAUAAAAUAGUGCAAAAAAAAUAAAUAAUAAUUGUAUGUCAAGACCUUAUUGUACAGAAGAAGGAAGAAAAAUAAAAAUAAAAGGGUUGUUUAACGACCUGUUGAGUAAAAGAAACAAAACAAUUAUUAUUUUUAAUUAUGUGGUUUUUGGGGUUCCUUUUUUUCUCUUCGGAAGGGGCGGGGUGUCAGGUUUUGUUUCGUUUAUGAGUUGUUCUGUUCGCAAUUUUAGUUGUGUGUAUGUAUAUGUAUUUUUUUUUCUGUCAGAAAUGGCCUACAAAAAAAAAGAAAAGAAAAGAAAGGAAGAAGCACUGUUCAUACAGGGCAGUAAUGACUUUGAAACUGCCUGGACCCCUUGUAUCAAGGCCUUUCCAGGUAGAGUUGAACUAGGAUGGCUGGCUGUUGCCUGUUAUUGUUAAAUGAAACUCAGUUUUUGUGAAGAUGUUUGAUGUAACAUUCCACAGAUGCCCCCCGCUUUUUUUUAGAGUCGGGGAAGCGGCUUUUGCCUGGCACACGUAGACUUUCCGGCCCCUGUCCAUAAAACUGCAGGGUGUGUGUGCUUAAGAUACCCGGUGCUACUGGUUUUGACAUCACUGGCACCUACCGUGGGAUGAAGGGGCAUGUUUGCAGUCAGGGUACCCACCAUCACUGGAUAGGCACUGUUAAUCCUCACUGCACCAACUAUCUGCCAGGGCAAUGUGCAUCUGGACCUUCGCCCAAUUGAUCCUGCAGGGGUGUGGGGCCUGAUCCCAGGGCCCUUGCCAGAUCAGGGCACCCAUCCAUUACCACCUCUUCAUAGCCUUCAUCUGAAGCGGUUUGAAAAGAGGUAGGGGGAAGGAAGGGAGACCAAACACUCUGUUGGUGCAACUGUGAAUUGGGUCGGAGUGAAAAAUUUGGCCUGGGCGCAUCCCACUUCUAUCCCACCUUCCCUCUCCACGCCCCAAUCCCUGUCAGAACAGGACCAUGUACAGGUUUUGCCAGUCUGCUCUUUUGUCUGCUUGCGUUGCUGUUGACUCCUAAUUAUACAUUCCAUAAAUUUCUUAAAUAUCUGAAGGACUGGGAUGAAAUUCUGUGCCUUUAGGUUGACAAACACUCCUCCCUAGGAUUGCUUUGUUAAGUCCCAAUAAUUAGGAUUAUGCCAUGAGUUGAGCGUUAUUUUUUAAUCUUUAUUUUGUUUCUGCUGUUUCAGUUUUUAAAAAAUAAUAAUUGGGGGGGGGGACGGGGCAAGGCACCGUGCUAGGGACUAUUUUAAGGUAAGGGAGAGCAAACUCGAGGAGCCAUUAGCAGUGUGUGAAGAAAUAGCAGUGGGGGGGGGGAAGGGGGGGACACACGUGAUUAUGAAGUCACGGAGCCAUCACAAUGCCAAGGGCGCGUUGGGUUGUAGAACUGGCCUAGCCAUUCCUCCUUAUAGCUCUUCAGAAUUAGGGAUAAGGUUACGCUAAGACCUUAUUGUGGAGCCACCUUAUAUAUGAACACCAGAGAACUUGGAAAACCCAUCUUCUUACAGAAAUAUUUCAUAGUAUCCUACAACACGCACACCCCUUCCCCUACGCUGGAGUACAUCCUGGAGUAUUAUUCAGAGAUAUUUUUGGUGAAAACCAGGCAUAGGGCAUUUUAUAUAUAUAUAUCCCUAGGUGCCUUGCUUUCUCCGAAACUAAAUCCACAGCGAAGUGAAUUCAGAUUUCAUUUUGAAACUGUGAGCACGACACUUUUCCUCCUGGAUGAACUCAGAUUUAAACCACCAGCAGCUGUCUUAUUAUGUGUCUUGAAUCGAUGAGAAACCAACAUACAAGCACAAACAUUGUGUUUCGUGAAACCAUGGUGACCCCACCUCCUCCUCCCUGCUUUUAAGAAUCCCUGCUUCACAAGGCCAUAAGCACAAUAUGGCCGACAUGCCACGGGUAUCUCUUCUGUCGUGAUUAUUUUUUACACUGCUAAUAUCAGCAAUGUUAACUGUGUUAAGUAACAAUUAUCCCAUGCAGCACACGCCUGCUCCGCUUAAAAUCGAUGCACAAAGAGCAUUUCUGGAGCAACGGCCCUCCUUUUUUUUAGAAUGUGGACGUUCAAAAUAGAGUCGUGCCCUUCAGCAUUUCAUCCUAGUCCUGAUUAAAUACAGUCCAAGGGGUUAUUUUGUUUUUGUUUUUCACAGGCAAACUCAUUUUAUGGUGCUCUUUGUAUUUUAGAACUGCAAAGCAAAGUAACGUUGAUUUCAGUUGUUUGCAUUUGUAUCGGCAAGGCAAACUAUUUUUAUUACCUUUUUCUAUUACUUAUUGUAUGAGCUUUCAUUGUUUACUUGGAGGUUUUGUCUUUUACUACAAGUUUGGAACUAUUUAUUAUUGCUUGGUAUUUGUGCUCCAUUAAAAAAAAAAAGAAAGAAAGAAAGAAAGAUAGGAGCACUUUUUUUUAUUAUGGGUAAAAUGUUGAGAUGGCAGGAGGUCAUUUCAAUAUCACUUAGUGAAAUAUUUAUUGUUCCUUUUAUUCUCUGUACAAGACUCCUGACCUCUCCCCCAUCCCACCCCACUUGUCACAUUGUUGAGUUCAGCAUGUGUCUACCAUUUCAUUUGUACUCUCGUUCAAAACAACGUUUGUUCCAGUUUCAAGUUAUAAAAAAAAAUAAUAAUAAAUUGGACAUUUGACUUGAUCUCCA